CAUUACUAGACCUCCCUGGUUGUCUCCAAUACACUAGAAUCUGUCGACAUGAUGUCACUACGAGAUGCUUUGGUGUGCGCCAUGCUUAUUGUCUUCGCCGUAGAGUGUGCUCCUCGAGAGAAACGAGAUGCAUUAAUAUGUGGGCACAAUGCUCACUGGAAUAUGACAUUGAACACGUGUGUCUGUGAUGAAGGAUGUGGAGGAUCUUUGGAGACAGGAUGCAUACCACCACCAAAUCAAGUAAGCAGCAGUGAAGAAAAUAAUGAGGAUGACAGAAGCAGUAGUGAGGGAGAUAAUAGCAACAGUAGUGAUGGAGAUAAUAGCAACACCAGCGAAGGAGACAGUAGCAACAGCAGUGACAGUGAUAGUAGCAACAGCAGUGACAGUGAUAGUAGCAACAGCAGUGAAGACGACAGUAGCAACAGCAACGAAGGAGACAGCAACAACAGCAGUGAGGGAGAUGGUAGCAACAGCAGUAAAGGAGAUGGUAGCACUGAAGGAGGAAAAGAGACCAAAUGUGGCAUUCGAGCUUAUCGUGUAGGAAAGAAGUGCGUGUGUUACCCGGGCUGUCGUGGGGAUCCUUACGUCAAAUGCGUUGAUUAGCUGAAAAACGAGCAUCAGUAAUCCAUAAAGACCGAUUACCUCAUACUUUAUAAGACAUUGUUGUUAUAAUACGCUGUAAUAAAAUAUACAAUUUG